UUAUUUUAAGCAGACGCCCUGCAGAAGAUGGUCGGGUUUCAAGGGAUCAACGCUCUGUUAUAGUCCUUACCAACUCACCUGUCCUCAGUGUCGUGUUGAUUCUACUACACACUCACGAUCUUUAUCUGUGAUCUAUGUCUCGAGCAUCAACAUCUUGCAAGUGCGUCUUUCAAGUCUGCAACCUUGAACAUGCACAAGCAAAUAUGAUUGUGAUGGUUAUACAUGCCUUUCGCUGGCUAUGUUAAUAGCCCUCCACGCGAACUAGAUAUAGGAGAUUGGACUGCAAUCAGGCACAUUCUUAUCUUUAUCAGAGCCUCAAACAAGACGCUGGAAUCUGCUCAUAAAAUUACAGUUGCUACAUAUCUCAAACGACACCUCUGCUCACAACUUGACGCUACAUCCGUUUCAAUGAGCUCCUCAAUUUCUGAGGCCUAUCAACUUCAAUCAGUCAAAUACAUAUAUGUCGCUUGUUUGCCAGUUUUGGCCCUGGAAUAUUGUAACACGUUUGAAGAAGAGGUUAAGCUGAUUUGGAGAUCAAGAUGGAGCCUUGCCAAAGUCCUGUUCCUUUGCUCUCGGUACAACAUGUUUGCUGCAUCCAUCCCAACUUUGAUACUGACCGUUGGCCCCGCUAUACCUAGUACUAAAUGCAAGCAGAUAAAUCUAGCUAGUGCAGUCCUCGGCGUAACUAGUAUCGUUGUAGCAGAAGCGAUACUUCUUCUUCGGACAAUUGCAAUCUGGCCUAGCUGCAAAACAUUUCGUUAUUGCCUAGUGUCUCUAUAUCUGGCUGUUAUUAUCUCCAUGCUAGUAUCUACCUUCAUCUAUGUGAACUCCCUCGAAUUUGUCUCAGAACCAGGACUACUGGGAUGCAAUCCCGUAACGCAUCCAGACAGUAUUGCGUACGCUCUAGUCAUUGUAUCAUAUGUAAUAUUUCAUGAAACCAUUAUUUUAACUCUACUUGUAUACCGGAUAAUCACACUCUUCCGCCACACCACCAACCCACUGUUGCGAACUCUGUAUACCGAUGGGAUUGGUUUUUACCUAUGUAUGUUAGCUUUAUCUAUUGCCAAUGUUAUUGCGUUUGCGACUUUCCCUGCUGGCUUGAAACCUGUACUGGACGUAGUGUAUUAUACCGUGCAUAGCGUUCUAUCAUGCCGAAUUAUUCUCCACCUUCGUGCUGUCAAUGUCGACGCUGUCACUAGGACAUUGAAUCCUCCAUCUCAAUCGCUACAAUUUGCCCGCGUCGUCCGUCAAUGCCAUCGUAUUGAGGCAUUUAGAUGUGAGUCGAGAACGGGGGAUAUACCAAUGGUUUAGGCGUUUAGAGGAAUACAAGUCAUAAAAUAUAUACAACAUCAAUUCUAAAACGAAUAAAUGAAUCAAAUUGAAUUUUAAU